AAAAAUUCAAUUUCUUUACCUGGCACCACCGGUGGCUUUCAUGGACCAAAUUAACUAGCGAAAAAACAGAUUCAGUACCUUGCAUACUAUAGUUCUUGACAUACCGUUGUAUUUAUUUAUUCUGUUAUUUGCUAAUUUAAAGCCCAUGGCUACCCAAAUGGAAGUUGAUCAGCCGAGUACCGGUGUUAUGGCUUCUCCAGGUACUACAGGAAGUGUUGCAGUUGCGCUCCAUCCACUUGUGAUUAUGAACAUUUCAGAGCACUGGACUAGGGUCAAAGCACAGGAAGGAAAACCUACUCAAGGUAGUAUUUAUAAAUUAAUAUUAAAAUAUGUAAAAAGUUUUCGGUAAAUCGGUAAAUGUUGAGAGAGGAUGCCAUGAUUGCCCGUCAUUUUGGUUGAAACGACCAGUUAAUUCUGUUACUAAAUCUAAGUAAAUGUUUUAAUGUAUCCCUAUCAGCCUAAGUCUAAGCCUUAGUAGGCCUACCUUUAAAACUUUAAAGGUUUCCCUAAACCUAACCUGAACCCUAAAUGAAAAUGUAUCCCUAAAUGGGCUGGUUUUGAGUUACUGGUAAGGUUCCAUGGUAUGUAGGUCAAGGUGGUUCCCCCAGGUCCAUUUCCGUCUACAGUGACAGUGCCAUACUAAAAAGAUAUCGAUUUCGAUGUUUAUAUUUACAUAAAUGCAAGUUAUUAUUUUCUUAUUUUAAUGUUUUUUUUUAAAAUUGGGGAGAGUUCUCCUAAGACUAAGAUAAUUUCUAUGUUUCUUUUUUUACUAUUUAUUUAGGAAUUUUUAUAUAGCGCUUACCUUAAAGCUCUAAGCGCUUUGCAAUUAUUAAAAACAUGUAAACUAACUAAAAUAAAAAUGAGACAUUAGGAUAGUAACUACUAUACUAUAGGAACAAUUAAAAGGGCUAUAAAACGAGGACUAUUUAAAGCGAGGGGAGGGGUCUCCCCUCCCCAGGCCCAGUUCCUAGAUUAUUCCAAAUGCAAUUUAAGCAGUUAUCUUCCUUUUGUUACCACAUACAGGUAUUUUGAUUUCAACUAUUUGAUACAGCAAUUUUGGCGGGCGUCUUUUUUUUUCCCCACCGGUGUUGUUUCUUGGCGUAUCAGCAAGGAUGAGUUUCUUUUUUCCUUUCUUUUGAAAUAUGAUAUUAAUAUAAGAAAGAGUGUUAACUCUAGUAACAAUCCAAGAUAAACAAAGGGAAGAUAAUGCCACAAAGAAACUCAAAAAGUCGCAGAUUGUGUAAAUUUACCCUAUUUUUUUAUGGCACUUAUUUUUUAAAAUACUUCUCCUUUGUGACCUGCAGCAAUUUUUUGUAUUGCUUAUUCUGGCCUUAAUGUAACAUUAAAUAGAUUCUAACCCCCCCACCCCAAAAAAACAACAACAAAAAAUGUCUGGAAAUUAAAAAGAAACACCUUCGACUGUGCUGGUGUUGCUCAACAGAGUGAUACGAUGUCCCUGUAUAUGUCAUAACUAGAUCCAAAUUUUCUAUUAUUGUUUAUCCUUCGUAUGCAAAGAUGACCAAGGGCUCAACUUGAGUACGGGUAGUAGCCUUGACUUGAGCACAUCGCAGGAGUUGUUGGAAUUUGCAUUGUGUCAAUGUAAUGUCAUACUCCUACGGGAGUUUGACUUCUCUUAUAUGAUUUGCUAUCCAAGGAUAACAGAGUCUUGUCCACCUGGUGUGCUGGUGUUUUUUUGUGUGCUUGUUAGGCUUUUGCGGGGGGAUGGAACUGCAGUCCACAAGCAUAGGAUUAGCUCAGCUUAGACUGCUAGACCACCUCUUACCUCUUGCAAAUAAUGAGACUUUAGAACUUUUAUCUUGUUAGUCCCAUAUAAUGCUAUUAACUGUUAUUUUAAGGUUUCAUAGAUAAAAAAAACCAAAACAUUAAAGAAACCGUGUUUUUGAGAAUCAUUUUCGUGACUAGGUAUUAUUGUUUCCUUGGCCUGGUACCAGUAAGUGACCCCCAUAUUUUGGGAAUGCUGGGCUAGCCUCUGGGCCUAAUAUGUGAUAAUGAAUGAAAUUAUAUGAUCAUGAUAAAACAUAAGUGAACUGGACCUAGAGAUUACCUAUAAAAUAUUGUAGUUGUAGCCUAUCUGAAGUUAAACAUUUUAACAGUUUCUCUCAAUCGCUGUUGUGUAAUGUGGCCUUUGGGUAUCAACUAUUGAUUUAAUAGUACUGACUUUUAUAAGGGGCUAUGAUUUUGCCUACAUAAACAUACAUGUCGCUGGAAACUGACCAAAUAGGAAUUACAAAAAAAAGGCUCAUUCAUUGUUCAAAGUUCUAGGCGUCCUUGAAUCUAAUUUUUUAAAUUCAUUCAAAAUUAAUUUUAAAAAUGUGAACAUCAAAAUAUAGACUAUUUUUAUAUUAUAUUUGCUUUUUCCUUCAAUUAAGCUGUUAAUGUCAUUGCCUUUUGUAUUUUUUUUAAUCUCCAGUUUUGGGUGCAGUGAUUGGCCAGCAGAAGGGAAGGAAGAUUGAAGUUAUGAAUUCUAUUGAACUGAUGUUUGAUGUUGUUUGCGGUGAUGUAAUCAUUGAUAUGGAGUAUUACAACUUGAAAGAAGGACAAUGUGAGCUUUUAUAAAGUAAAAGAAAAUUUUAAAAAUGUGGACCCUAAUGCAUAUUUUAUUUUAAAAUUUGUUACUUGUUAAUUUUUGCCACCGGUAUUAUUACCGGGUGUCACAUUUUAUUUAACAGUGUUAAACAAUUAUUUCAGACAAACAAGUUUUCAGUGAAAUGGAUUUUUUGGGAUGGUACUCCACGGGUGAUGGCCCAACAGAAUCAGAUAUUAAAAUUCACAAGCAGGUGUGUGACUGAUAGAAAGGCUUAAUAUUUUAAAGCACACCUGUUUCUAACCCUACUAUAAAGGUCUUAAUAUUUUGAAUUAAAUUAUUGAUAAAGAAAGUAUAUUCUGAUUUUACUAAUACAAUACUAUACAAUGAUGAUGGCAAACUUACAUUAUUUCUAAGAUAACCAUGACAGAAAAAAAAAUUAAACCCAACUAUUGCUUUUUUAGUUUUUCAGUAUCAACGAAAGUCCCAUUUUUCUACAGUUGAAUCCCCAAGCAAGAACAUCAGAUGUAAGCAUAGAAAUUUGAGUAACUGCUCACAUAUUUUAAUAGUUCUCUCCAUAAAACUUUUCUUAGGAUGUUUCUAAAUGUGUUGUUAUAACUCUGAUGUUGUCAGCAGCAUAAUUAUUAUUUCAUUAUUUUUAUUGAUCAAUGGUUUUAAUGAAUUUACAGCUGCCGAUCUCCAUGUUUGAAUCAGUGAUUGAUUUGGUAAAAGGGGAAGUAAGUGAAUUUUUAAACAAAUUUUAAAUUCAAAUUCAUAACAAGCUUGUAUUGUCGGAAAUACAAGAUUAUUACAAUAUGCAGUGUAAACGAAGUAUAAGAUAAAACCAUGUUUAUCGAUAACUAGUAAUUGCUUAUAAUAAUAUUUAUUACUUCAACAAUUUUAAAGUUUUAUGGGAGAACACCUAUCUUUAAUAUUUAAGGCGACAGUCUUAUUUGUGGAUAUCCCAUAUACACUGGCAACAGAGGAAGCAGAAAGGAUUGGAGUAGACCAUGUAGCCAGGAUGUCAACAGCGGAUACUGGAGAUUCAUCUACAGGCAAGUCAUUUCUAAAGUAAAAAGAUCUGUAUUUGAUUUUGAAAUACAGAAGACAGAGACCUGGCUCUGCGACAUCUUGUAGAUAUAAUUUUUCUGCUUCACAUGUAUUAACAAAAGCACCUUCAUCUGAUUAGUUACAUUUUUUAACUACAUUUGCCUUGAAAAAAUAAUUUAAUGAAAAAUAUAAUCUAAUAAUAUAUAAACUCAGGAUUAAAUAAUACAAUUAAAUUAUUUAAAUUGGAUAGAAAAGGCUUUUUAGAAGUAUUGAAAUGUGGAAAAUAUUAGAUGACAUAACAUUAUAAAACUAACCUUUAAUGGGUUUUAGAGUUAUAUUCUUAGAAUUUCUUGAAUCUGGUUCUUUUUUUUUCUAAAAAAUAGAUGUUUUCCCUAGGUAUGUUAAUUUUUGUACCUACAAUGUUAUGGCUCAAUCUAGUAUACCAGUGUAAGAAGAUGGUAGAGCAUUAUCGUGCAAUGUUUCAUUAAAUAUAUUAUUAAAAUUGUACUUUAAAUUUACAGCAGAACACUUGGUUGCUCAGCACAGCUCUAUCAAAAUGCUACACAAUCGCAUUAUGGUUAUCCUGGCAUAUAUUCAAGCAGCACAGAAAGGUAAGUAAAUAAAUGCAAAAGUUCACAAAAUAAAUUUCAUACAUAGAUACUGUAAUCAUGUGCACAACUUAUCCAUUUUUUAUAUGUAAUUUGAUUUCAUUUCAUCUUUUCUUUUGGAGCUCACUUUUAAUGUUAACCGACAAUAAAAUAAGCCAAGAUUAAAAAACUUGAUUCAUUGGUAUCCAGUGUCUUGAACUUUAAACAAUUCUUUAAGGUGACGUAGCCAAAAACCACGACAUUCUUAGAGAGGCUUACAGCCUGUGUUAUAGGUUACCUGUCCUCAAUUCACAGAGAUUUAAAGAGGACUACUACACGGUAUGUGCUACAACAUUUUAUUGGUUAUAGCUACAGUGCUAUAAAUUUACAAAGUGUAACAAAGGUUUCAAUCAAAUGCUAUUUCUUAUCCUGGCCUGCAAAUAUUUAUAAGCCACUUUCAAUACUAUCCCCUACAUUUGCCUCUGUUUAAGUAGAUAUCUUGAAACACCAAAAUCUAUCUUAUUCAGCAGAUACAUUUUGGAAUAGCAUACAACUCUAUUGAAUAUACAUCAAAUCAAUAUCUAAGUUUUUAAAAUUUAAAAAAAAGAAUAAAAAUUAAAAUCAUUACAAUUUCAUCAAACUAUUUCUAUAUGACUUAUUGUAUGGAUAAUUGUCUGAAUAAUUUUCUUUUAUUUGGUUCUUAAAUUAAUAUUAUUAUUAUUGUGUUCAUUAACUGCAAGAGGCGUAAUUUGGUACAAUAUCAAUGAAUAAAUAACAGGCUAUCUUUUAAUUGUUGAAACCAUAUCUGAAAGAAAAUAAUUAUCUAUUUAUGUAUAGAACCUUCUGAUUGCUUAUUAACACUGAAUUGUAGACAGUUGCCAAAGUACGUUUGUUGGUACCGAUAAACACACAUUACAUGAGAGCAAGUUGUAAUUGUAAUUAAAAUUCCUGUGUUUUCUCCAGCAAUGCAAUGAUGUUUGUCUUAUGGCCUAUCUUGGAGCUAUGACAAAAGGGAGCAAUACUAUGAAUCAGGUGAUUAUUUUACAGUGUUGCACCCAUGAUCUUAUUCAUCUUUGAUGAAAAUAUUAUAAAAGAAAAAGCCCUUAACUAUUCUCCUUUUAGUAAGGCUGCACAGUCCCAUCAUUGUCACUUCUCCUUUUAGUACACUGCACAAUUGGGAGGUGGGGUUUAAUAUGUAUAUUGAUGUUAAUUUAAAUUAUUAUAAUUUUUGUCCUCAGUUUCUAAACAAGUUCAACGUGUUGUAUGAUAAAGGCAUGGGACGGAGGAUGAGGGGUCUAUUCUUUUGAAACCUCUGUAUAUUUAGUAAUUUCUAGAUAUUGUUAGGAUUACAAUUGAUAAAUAAACCCAAAAACUUUUGCACUAGGUUUAAUUAUUUUGUACACAAUUAAAUACAGAUUUGUUUCAUAUUGUUAAGUUCAACAGAAACGGGCUUUUUAAUAAGAAAAAAAUAUUUUUGACAGUCUCUGUAAAUGGUGUUGAGUAGAGGACAUGAAAAUAAAAACUUGUGUGGCUAAUUAUAGGAGAUUAAAUGACUAGUUUCCCAGAUUGUUUAGGCAUGACUGGUCAAUAUUCAUGUAAAUAUUAAUAUCCUACAUUGUUAAAUAAUGAUUUGUGUUAUGUGAUGCAUUUCUUUUUUUUUUUGUUAAUGAAUAAAAAGUGUACA